UUACAGCCAUGUGGCAUGUGGCAAGUAAUGUGAGCUGGUACCACUAGUCUGACCUAUAUCUAAGGUGCAUUAUGCUCAGCAAAACAGUGACACAAUUUGUUUUUGUGAACAAGUUUUUAUGUGCGGACUUUAAAAAGGCCGUACGAGGACUGACCUAUGCUGACGCGACUGCUGGCACCACUGAGAACGAUCGCCGUGCGGCCCAUGGCUACGGCUUCCGAUGCCUGCCGCGUGGCGGCGCUGCAGGUCACCUGCACGGCCGACAAGGCUGCUAACCUGCAGCUGUGCUCGCGGCUGGUGGAGGAGGCAGCAGGUGGCGGCGCGCGUCUCGUCUUCCUUCCCGAGGCGUGCGACUUCAUCGGCGAGAGCCGCGAGCAGACGCUGGCGCUGGCUGAGCCGCGCGAUGGCACCACAGUCGUCGCGUACCAGGAUCUGGCGCGCCGGCUCGGCGUCUGGCUUUCGCUAGGCGGCGUGCACGAGCGGACGGCGGCCGGCCGCUGCCUCAACACACACCUGCUGGUUUCGGCGGACGGUGAGAUCGCCGCCAGCUACAGCAAGGCGCACCUCUUUGACGUGGACGUGGUCGGCACGGCGCCGCUGCGCGAGUCGCAGUACGUGGCCCCUGGCGGCGCGCUAGAGGCGCCGGCGCCGACGCCAGCCGGCCGGCUGGCGCUGCUCAUCUGCUACGACCUGCGCUUCGCCGAGCACAGCCAGCUGAUGCGGCGGCAGGGCGCCGAGCUGCUCUCGUACCCAUCCGUGUUCACGAAAGCCACGGGUCACGCGCACUGGGAGCCGCUGCUGCGCGCGCGCGCCAUCGAGACGCAGUGUCACGUGGUGGCGGCGGCGCAGGUGGGCCAGCACAACGUCCGACGGAGCUCGUACGGUCACGCGCUCAUCGUUGACCCGUGGGGCCGCGUGCUCGCGGACGCUGGAGAGAAGGCCAACUGUGUCGUGUACGGUGACAUCUCUGCGGCGGAGGUGGCACGCGUGCGCGCCGCCAUGCCGGUGGUUUCGCAUCGCCGCAACGAUCUGUAUCCGGACCUGGUGCCCGUCCCGCGGCUGCCGACGGAGGCAGCGUCGGCCAUCUUUAGCGCCACCACCGUCUUCCCCGGCAGCGAAGAGAAGUUUAGGUUCGGCCAGGUGACGAUAGAUGGCGACAUGGUGGUUUACCGCACUGAACUCUCUUACGCAUUCGUGAACAAAAAGUGCGUCGUGCCGGGUCACAUGCUCGUGUCACCACAGCGUGACGUGCCGCGUCUGGGUCAGCUGACGCCGGCCGAAGUGGCUGACCUGUUCCAGGUCAGCCAGCUGGUGCAGCGGCUGGUGGAGCACGUGCACGAGGCCAGCUCGGCCACCAUCUGCGUGCAGGAUGGUCCGGCCGCCGGCCAGACCAUCCAGCACGUGCACGUUCACGUGCUGCCGCGCAAGCCGGGCGAUUUCGCGUUUAAUGACGAAGUGUACGGAGCGUUGGCGGACCACGACAAGGGUCAGCCUCAGUGGCGAGACGCGCACGAGAUGAGGCGCGAGUGCCGCGUGCUGAGGGCCGAGCUCCUGCGGAUGGGGCGUGGCUGACGCGUUUAUGCCGGAGGUGGUACGGCACGCGUCGUGGCGCGGACUCCUGACUUUUCGUCCUUCCGGUCGUUACAGGAGUCGUUCGUUGCUUGUGUUAUGGUUGGCUACGUUUGUACGUUGUUGCUUCCAGGUAGAAACUCAUAGAUAUUUGAGGCUGACCGUAAGCAGAUGAAUGGUAGGCAAACGCAAGCGGGUGCUGUUAGUGCCGUUAUGUCCGAUUGGCUUUGUACAUCGCCCCGCACUGCUGCGGAGGAAACGAGUUACCAAUGUCAUGCAAGGAUUGGUUAACACAAGCAAACUGGGAACAGCUUGUUUCAUUGUUCUGCGAAUGGGGCUGGUUCUCUUCGAAUAUUGCAAUGGAUACAAUUCAUCAAUGACGGUCCGUGAACACACUGUUUUACGGGUGCUCAGCAAGCGUCGUUUUCUCGCUUUAGGGAUCUGACAUGAUAGACAAAUGGUAAAAAUUGUAGGCUCCACAAAUCUUCAGGGUUUGAUCUGCAGGUGCAAACGAGUGCGUAGAGUCUGUUCCCCACUCUACUUAGAGACCAGCCUCGAGCAAUCAGAUCUAGAAGGUUCACGGGUAAAAACGCAUAUGUAAAGGAACCUGCGGUGUUGUUCUAAAGUGGCCCAAUAAACGGCGCCGCUGA